AUUUGAUUGGUCAAUAAUUUAACACUACUUUAAAGUUCAAAAUUUGAAAUUUUUUCAAAGAACAAGUUCUGUUUACCGUAUAUCCUACAAUACUGUAAAAAUGGCAAGUCAAAACGUAGAUCCUGCAUCUGCCACAGUUAGAGCCAAGACAGUCGAUACAAUCAACACCAAGCCAAAAGACUCACAUUCGGUCACAAAGAGGUUGAAUCAAGAACUGAUGACUCUCAUGAUGUCUGUAGCUGAAACUGGUGUAUCUGCAUUUCCCGAUGGUGACUCAAUCUUUCAUUGGGUAGGCACCUUGACUGGACCAGAGGGAACAGUGUAUGCAGGGCUUAAGUACAAACUAACUUUUGACUUCCCACAAGGCUACCCAAUUAACCCACCCACAGUCAAGUUCCGCUCACCCAUAUUUCACCCAAAUGUGGACACACACGGCAAUAUUUGUUUGGACAUUUUAAAAGAAAAAUGGUCAAGUGCUUACGAUGUGAGGACAGUGCUUCUCUCGCUCCAGAGUCUUUUGGGAGAACCAAACAAUGACAGUCCAUUGAACAUACAAGCUGCAGAAUUAUGGGACAAUCAGGUUGCAUAUAAAAAAGUACUGCUGGAAAAAUACAACAAAGACGUCAAACAAAAAGAAGAAAACUGAUAAGUUAUAUAGCAGACAUAUAGUCAGAGGGAGGGGUCGCUUAAACAGCAGAGUAUAGAGACAUUUUUAUUUAUCAGUCUGGAAAUCUGCAUAAAUCGGAACAUUUGAGCCAUCCUGAGGCUGUGGCGAUUUAUUGUAUAUAUGUAUAGACAAUUACAGACAACUUACAUACACACACAGAACACUAUAUGACUAGGAUUUAUGACUAACAUGACUAAUUGUUAUAUAUCAGAAUGUAUUUUAUCAUUAUGAUUCAGAACUAAAGCACAAUACCAUCUAAAAUGAACAAAUAUCUAACAGUGUGCUCAAGUUAUAAUAUUAUCCAUUGGUAAUUUUUAAGGUCAGUUUUUGUGAAAGAUGUUAUUCUUUUGACAAUCAAACAUAGGCAGUUGCAGAUAUGCCAGUAAUUGGCUCAUAUACAAUGCAAUCUGGUCUCCAGAUUCAACUCAGUGCUGCAUCAAGUUUGGUUCACCUCCCAUUAACUGUCACAGCCAAUCUUCACCAGCACCAUAUGGUACCGUUUUGGCAACAGUAUGGUACCACACAGUACCGUAGAGUACACAGUGCCAUAUAGUACCGUAAACACUGAAUGGAACCAUACUCGAA